AUGGCAGCUCCACUACCAGAUCCAAUAAGAAACCCAGACAUUAAGUACACACAGCUAUUCAUUAAUAACGAAUAUGUGAAUAGUGUGAGCGGCAAGACGUUUGCGACCAUCAACCCGACCACAGGCGAAAAGAUCAUUGACGUUCAAGAGGGAGACAAGGUUGAUAUAGAAAAGGCCGUAGAAGCCGCUAAAGCUGCCUUCAAGGACGACUCGCCAUGGAGACAGAUGAACGCCAGCACCAGAGGGAAGCUGCUCAACAAAUUGGCGGACCUGAUUGAGCGGGAUAGAUUGUACAUAUCGAGUCUGGAGGUGAUGGACAAUGGCAAACCUUUCCGAGAUAUGUAUUUAAAUGACAUGGCCAUGAUCCUCGGCACCUUCCGUUAUUACGCCGGUUGGACGGACAAGAUAUGUGGCAAAACCAUUCCAGUGGAUGGCCCCUUCCUCUGCUACACUAGACACGAGCCAGUGGGGAUUUGUGGUCAGAUUAUUCCGUGGAACUUCCCACUAGCAAUGAUGUCCUGGAAGUUAGCCCCCGCUUUAGCCUGUGGUAAUUGUAUCGUCUUGAAGCCUGCUGAACAAACGCCACUAACAGCCAUGUAUAUGGGGUCUCUUAUCAAAGAGGCUGGUUUUCCCCCAGGAGUUGUGAACAUAGUGCCCGGAUAUGGUCCAACGGCUGGUGCUGCCAUCUCUAGUCACCCCGACAUCAACAAAGUCGCUUUCACAGGAUCCACAGAGGUCGGAAAACUGAUAAUGGAAGCUGCCGCCAAAUCUAACCUUAAGCGCGUCACUUUGGAAUUGGGCGGGAAAAGUCCGAACGUCGUCUUCGCUGAUGCUGAUCUGGACUUUGCGGCCGAGAUGUCCCAUCAGGCACUGUUCUACAACAUGGGUCAGUGCUGUACGGCAGGGUCAAGGACGUACGUCCAGGAGGAUAUAUACGAGGAAUUCACAGCUAAACUUGUCAACAGGGCCAAGAAUAAGAACGUCGGAGACCCGUUUGAUGUCAAGAACGAAGCCGGACCACAAAUUGACGAGGAACAGUAUAAGAAGAUUCUAUCGAUGAUAGAGUCGGGAGUGAAAGAUGGUGCCAAACUAGAGUGUGGUGGGAAACCCGUGGAGGGCAAAGGGUAUUUCAUCCAGCCGACUGUGUUUACCAACGUCACAGAGGACAUGACCAUCGGGAAGGAGGAGAUUUUUGGACCAGUUCAGCAAAUUAUCAAAUUUAAGACGAUGGAAGAGGUUAUUGAAAGGGCAAAUAAUACACCAUAUGGACUGGCUGCUGCUAUUUUUACCAAUGACAUUGGGAAGGCAGUGACCUUUUCUAAUAAGGUCAAGGCUGGAACAGUAUGGGUGAACGCUUACCACAUCGUCAAUGCUCAAAGCCCAUUUGGGGGAUUCAAGAUGUCUGGUGUCGGCCGAGAACUAGGGGAAUACGGAUUGUCACAAUAUACCGAAAUAAAAACCGUAUUAGUAAACCCUAUGACAAAAUGAUCGGUGUGCCAGUCUAAUGAAACCAUGAUAUUUCGGCAACAGGACAAAAGAGGAACCGCCAAACUUGUUACAACUGGGUU